ACUUCAAAACCUCCUAACACAUAUACCAUAAGUAUGUUGACACCAAUGAAAGGUCCUUACGAAUGAGUUUCUUCAAUCAAGCCCGACUUCAAAAUCUUCCGGUCUUGGAAUGGCUAGUCCUGAGCAGCCAGUCGCAGCUUAGUCUGUUGCGACCGGCACCUCCACGACAAGUUGUUACGAGGAGUUUACAUUUCAACAACGUAAACGUCCCCCGAGACCCAGAUACCUGGCUGCCGCUUCGACCCACCGCCCCGUGUGGUACCACUCAUGAAUCCGUACUUUGUACGGACACUCAUGAGGACUUUUGAUGAAGAAAAUCAUGUUACUAACCCUAUCAGAAUGACCAGAACUUCUGUUUUAGCCGACGCCUUAAAUGCCAUCAACAACGCUGAAAAAACCGGAAAGCGUCAGGUGUUGAUCAGACCCUCCUCCAAAGUCAUUGUCAAAUUCUUGACGGUGAUGCAAAAACACGGAUACAUUGGAGAAUUCGAAUACAUUGACGACCACAGAUCCGGAAAGAUCGUGGUGCAGUUGAAUGGGAGAUUGAACAAGUGUGGUGUGAUCAAUCCUAGAUUUAACGUGAAGAUUGGAGACAUCGAGAGAUGGACGGACAACUUGUUACCCGCCAGACAAUUUGGUUACGUGAUUUUGACCACUUCCGCUGGUAUCAUGGACCACGAAGAGGCCAGAAGAAAGCACGUCUCUGGUAAGAUCUUGGGAUUUGUGUACUAGAUAUAAUCAGUUUAUAGUUAAAAGUUAGUUUUUGCAUU